GUCGAAAGCCUUGGCCAGGUCGAUGAAGACGGCUGCACAGUAUUGUCUUUUAUUGAUGGCGGAUAUAAUGAUAUGUUACAGACCCCACUGAGCGAGAUAGAACAUGAAUAAUCAGAUUUGUCUUGGUAAAUUUUAUAACAUAAGGAAGUGAAAUUUCAUCACGUCAGUGCGUUUAGUUAACUCCAGGCUGUAGCCAUAUGUACAACAAUGUAUUAUUGUGGAUUUUGUCACCAUGGGCCUUCAGAAGCUUCAAGGAAGCUAAAGGUAAUUUGGCACAAAUAUUGAUUUUGCAUUUACUAUCCCUUUAAAACCUCCCAGUUUGAACACACCCAGUAGGUGGCAACAAUACACCAUUUUUGUGUAGUCCGUCGAUAAAACCUCAAAGAAGACGACGUAAACAGAAGUAAGCCGUGACCAAAAACUAUUUCCACGUUUGUGUUUUUGUUGUCAUUUAGACGUUUAUUAAUACCCUGCAACUCAAAAUAUGACUCAUUUAACUGCAUAGCAUCACAAACUUACCCCAGGUAUUAUUUAAUUCGCUUUGGAGACAGGACUUGGUUGAUAGAUGUUAUCUAGGUAACGCUAACUAGCUAGUUGCUAAAGUUACCUAACAAUGGCUAUGGUUUUUCACACUCAAAUAGCCUCCAUUAUGGAGGUUCUAGCGAAUGCAGCCGUGGCAGAGAUCUGUAAACUCGUAGACGACGACUAUGCAGUGUUUCGUUUGGAAAUAACUCAAAGCCAGAAAGAAAACAGGGCAUUGCGGAGGAAACUACAACUACUGGAACUGAAGAAGGUUGCACGGGACCGCGCAGAAAGGACAAUGCGAGAGCGUGUCAUCGCCAGUCGUUUCAGUAGUGUCAAGAUCCUCGACCGAUACAGAGGAAUUGCAAGAGGUACAUUUUGCAUGACGCUGCGUGGCCUGUCGCCCCGUUACCCUCUACACAUGUAACUUUGUGUUAACCACAUAUGUUUAACCAGAAUUGGGUCUAGGUUAGUUUUUGGAUAGUAUGAAAUAGCCUAAUUCCCCUGAUUACUUGCAAUAUAGCGUUGAACAUUGACAGUAGCUAACCUAAUCACCUCUUUUCCCCCAAUCACUCUCUUGGGUGAAUUACAUCUCACUGGAGGCCACAUGAGCUUUGUGAAGCCAGCAGGACACAAUACAUGGAGCGAUGACCAACCAAUCACUGUUGAUGAGGGGAGUGGAACCUCAACCCAGCAAGUUAUCAUCAUAGAGUCUGCAGGUCCUGGGGUCAAGCUGGAGAGAUCUGAAGGAGAGCACAUCCAGACUGGAGUGGCUGGAGUGCCCCCUGUAGCCACGGAGGACCCCACCACCGCCCCAGCGGCGCCAAAGACCCGACGCAGCAUCACGAAGACUGCAGUCCUUGAAGACCUGAUGAUAUCCAGUGUUACUGGUGGGAGAGACUGGACCACUGAGGUGGCUGGUCACAAACCCUGGCCCUGUCUCAGAACCCUGGAUCAGGAGCCAUCGCUCUUCCUUCCCGAGUCGGAACCAGGACCCAACCGCAAGGGACAGAGACUCCACCACAACCACUACAUAGAACACAACCAGUGGACAGGUGGUCAUCAGAGAGACUCCAGUCAGGGAUCCAGUCUGCAGCCCAGACCCUUCUCUUCACAGUCUCAGUGCAGGGAUGAAGCGGGACCUGUGGCUGAUAGACCAUCUUGUUCCUAUGAUACAAACACCACAGUAUCCAUGCUGAACAGAGCAGGUCACCCUGGGAUUCAGCCUUCACAGGGAGUGGCGGGAGACCCCUCUGGUGGUAGUCUUCUCUUUCAGGGUCCCGUCUAAUGCCUACUGAAAGGGUUCAUAGAAGGGACCUGGGUCUAACCUUCCUCAGCUGCCUCAAGGAGAGUCCCUUCAUGUGCAAACUAUGUUACAAGAGCUUCUCCUUCCCGAGUAACCUUAUAGACAUAGGAGUGUCCACAACGGGAAGAAAUCGUAGCAGUGUGAGAUGUAUGCAGGGGAUAUCUAGGAACCAUUCUUUAGCUGUUAUAUUACAGUUAUGUUAAGUGUAUUGGGGUAACGCUUUGUUAACUUGCCAUUUGUAAAAAACAGUUUUUAGAGAGAUGGUAAACAUAGGCUAUAACAAGUAAGUAGCCUUGCAUGAACCUUAGCUCAUCUCCUAUUUCUGUAGUGUGAGGCAGCUUGACGUACAAGUACAACCCCUGGACAAGACGCAGUCUAUUGCAGGGCCUUAGCCUUAAUCUAACUCCUUAAUGCUGAGUGCCAAGCCUAGACGCAUCAGGGCCCAUUUUUACAGUCUUUGGUAUGACUCGGCCAGGGAUUGAACUCAACCUUCCAAUCUCAGGGCAGACACUAACCACAAGGCCACUGAGUUGGUCAGACUAUAACAAGGACUAUUGAAUAUUUACCUUACUGAGGUAAAGUCAUGCUAUUUUCUACUCUAUUCUUGCUAACACACUGCUCUUCAUAAACACGUCAGCUCUCAGCUUAAAAAAAUACUGAUCAUAGGAUAUUUGAUGUGUAAUGUAAUAAGCAGUACCGUAUUUCAAAGAACAGCACGCAUACAUUUUUCAUCUAAUUAUACCCUUCCACCUAUGACGCAAACCAAUAAGAUCCUUUCUCUUAAGUAAACGGAAGCGAACAAGGACCAAGAACGAUUUCGAUGUUAGCGUUUUUAUUGUUAUGUAGACGUUUAUUAACACCCUGAAACUCAAAAUAUGAUUAAUUUAACUGCACAGCAUCACAUACUUACUUCAGGUAGUCUUUAAUUCGCGCUGGGAGACUUGGUUGAUAUAUGUUAUCUAGGUAACGCUAGCUAGCUGCCAACAAUGGCUAACUAUAUGGUUUUUCACACUCAAAUAGCCUCCAUCAUGGAGGAGCUAGCAAAUACAGCCGUGGCAGAUAUAUGUAAACUCGUAGACGAAGACUAUGCAGUGUUUCGUUUGGAAAUAACUCAAAGCCAGAAAGAAAACAGAGGACUGCGGAGGAAACUACAGCUACUGGAACUGAAGGUGGCACGGGAGCGCGCAGAGAGGACAAUGCGAGAGCGCGUUCUCGCCAGUCGAUCUAGUAGUGUCAACAUCCUGGACCGAUACAGAGGAAUGACAAGAGGACUUCUCACUGGAGGCCACAGGAGCUUUGUGAAGCCAGCGGGUCACAACGUGUGGAGAGAUGACCAACCAAUCACCGUUGAUGAGGGGAGUGGAACCUCAACCCAGCAAGUUAUCGUGAUAGAGUCUGCAGAUGUAGAUACUAGAGAUCCUGAGGUCAAGCAGGAGAGGUCUGAAGGAGAGGACCCACGACACAGAAGAGACAUCGAGAUUGGGACGCCCCCUGUAGCCACGGAGAACCGCACUGCCACGCCCCAACCCAGGACCUGCCGCAGCAUCACGGAGGAGGAGGGUCCAGACGUGCUGCUGGUGAAGGAGGAGGGGUGUGAGGAGGGUCUGGGGAACCCUGAGGGUCCCAUGAUCACGGAGGACAACCAGACUACACCUCUUGAACCCACAGAGAAACCAGCUGAGCAGCACAGGACCACACACAGUCUUCCUGAGUCAGUAGACAUGGAGGAUGGGAAGCCUGAUCUGCUGCUGGUCAAAGAGGAGACGAUAGAAGAUGGACCAGAGAGCAUUGAUCUGCUCAGUGGACUAAAGAUGGGUGAGCAAGUCUUUUUUGCAGGUGGUUGGCUGGAGGCUAACAGAGGAGACUGGGCAUCCAUCUUAGAUUUCCAGACCCUGACCGGUGCAGCCAAAGGCCCAGGGGAUGAUAUCACUGAGCAGGACAGGACUAGAGGCAACAUAGUGGAGGUCAGUGGAUGGGACAGCGUCUUCAACUCUGGGCUGGGGAACAACGCUGUUAACCACAACCAGAAACAGACUGUCGAACAUAAAACAACAAACAAACUUAGUCUCCAUGACAACAGACUGGCUGAGACCAGGGCGAGGCGUAGAUUUGGUCUGCAGGGAUGGGGAGGUGUCCGUAUGCGACGGGAGAGAACAGACAUAGACUUGGCUAGUGAUGAUCCGUCCUGCUACUAUAUUUGUGAUUCAGAGAGACUGAUGGGGCCUCAGGUUAACCCCCUAACAGGUGCUGCCUUCAGUCUGCCUUCUAUAGGAUCUAUCAACUGGAACAUGGACCCUGCGACAACACAGACACUCCCUGGUCUUCAUCCUCCUCACAAUUUCCUAAUGUUAAACCAGAACUCAGACAAUGCCUCAACAAGCCCACUGACAAAUGACAGUAGUAGAGACGUAAUCCGUAAAGGUGGCAGGGCUAAAGAGAAGCGCUUCCCGUGCUCGUUCUGUGGGAAAGCCUUCAGUUUCCCCAAACAGGUGGAGAUCCACCAUAGGAUGCACACGGGGGAGAAACCAUUCAGCUGCCACCUGUGCCAGGCUAGUUUUUCCGACUCUUCCAACCUGAAGAGGCACCAGAGAAUGCACACGGGGGAGAAACCGUUCGGCUGCCACCUGUGCCAGGCAGUUUCUCCCACUCGUUCAACCUGAAAAGGCACCAGAGGGUCCACACAAGAGAGAAAUCAAACAGCUUCCCCAGUUUGGGAAGCGGUUCUCCCACCAGCUGAAGAUGUACCUGAAGGUCCACACGGGAGAGAGACCGUUCACCUGCACACACUGCGGGAAGAGGUUCUCAGAGAGGAGCAACCGCAGAAUACACCAGCAGAAAAUGCACACGGCCCAUGUAUAGAGUCUAGUGACAUGUAGUAGUACUAGUUUGUUUGUUUGUAGUUACUUCUGUUGGUUUUGGGUGUAGUAGGGAACUGGAUGAGGUGAACUGAGGAAAGAAUGAGUAUGAUGAGGCAGGGUAGAUGAUAUGGUGAUGGUUGGUGUGAUGGUGUCUGUAAAAAUGCUUAAUUGAUGGGUCCAACCCUAACUGCUUGUCACUUUAGGUUGAUACUGGUAUUUUAUAGUGAGAUAAUGAGUGCCUUAAUUCACAUUUACUUGACAUAAAAUAGUGAAGAUGUGUGUAAUGUUGAACCUUUUCCAAAGUAUUCAAACAUGUAUUUUAUUAAAGUGAGGGUACCAGAUUUACAUUAAAGGUAAAGUGUUAGUGAAAAGUAUCAUGUAUCGUUUUGUGCAAUAAAAGUACUGUACUUCA